AUCACCGCCAGGCGCUCGCCUUCUCCCACCGGCCGCUGCUCAGUCUCGCUCCGCUUCCUCUCUUCCUCCCUCCACCUUCCCCCUCCGCACCGCGACCGCACCGCACCUGCUGCUCCGUCUUCUCGACUCGUCUGUCUGACUCCGCUGCAGCAAGAUCUCCGCCUCGCGCUUUUUAUCCACCCAGAUCACCCCCCCGCCCCCCAGCACGCAGCCCGCGCGCCAGAUCCCUCUCGCCGCCACCGGGCACCCUCUCCUGCCGAGCACCAUGUCGGCCUUCCGCGCCUUCGCCGGCGCUCCCGACCGUCCGGACGCAAGAUAUCCCUAUCUGCUGCCGAGGACGAGUCUGCCCGGGAGCCAGACUCCCAGCAACACUCCUCUGCCCGCCCCGCAGCAGCUCCUGCUGCCGACUAGACCGAUCCACUCGGCUCCCGUGCAGCAGACCCAGCCCGGCGCGCUCGCGGUUGCCACCUCGCCUCGCAAGACCAAGAAGUCGUCUGCCGGCGCCGCCUCGACCGCGAGCAUCUCCUCGUCGCCCUCGUCUGCGCCGGCCGCCGCCCGCUCGGCUCCUACUGCGCCGAAGACCACGCAGUCACUUGCGGCUUCCCCGCACACCGCUGCUGGAUCCCCCUCUACGAGCAAGCACUCCACCACCUCUGUCCACUCGUCCCCCACCAGCACUACGACUACUCCUGCGCGGAUCAAGCCGCGCCGUCCGUCUGCGUCCUCGUUGGCGGCGUCGGCGGCCGCGCUGCAGGCCGAGCGUGACGUCGGCCUGCACGCCGUCAACUUUGCGGCCACACCUUUCGACCCGGCCACGAUGCUUCCCCCCGAGCACGCGGCCCAGAUAUCGACGCCGUUCACGCUCGCUCGCGGGCGCUACGCGACGUCUGUCGACGAGCGCCAUUUCCUCACAGUCUACGAGUACCAGAUCAACGGAUGCUGGAUCAUGUGGGACUACUACUCUGGAUACGUCCAUCUCACCGGUCUCUGGAAGGCGAUCGGCAACAGCAAGGCCGAUAUCGUCAAGCUGCUCGAGAACUCGCCCAGUCUCGAGUCGGGUAUCAGGCGAGUUCGCGGCGGGUUCCUCAAGAUCCAGGGCACCUGGCUGCCCUAUGAUGUCGCAAGAACGCUAGCCAGUCGCACAUGCUACCACAUUCGCUAUGCGCUGAUUCCUGUCUUUGGCGCGCAGUUUCCGGACUCGUGCUUGAAGCCGGACGAGCCCGGGUUUGGCCAGCUGCAGCUCACAUUCACCGAACACACGCGGAAGCGACGCAAGCGCGCCUCUGUCGCUGCACCGAACGCGAACGAGGAGCCGUCGUCGAAGAGACCUAUGUCCGCCGCGACUGGCAAAGAUGGCAAGAAGGACAGUGGCUUGGUGCAGCCUCAUCUCUCGAGCUCGGUUAUGUCAUCUCCGGUGCAGUCGUCGCAUCAGAAUAUGACGAAUCUCCAGGUAGCAUCCUACUCCCCCCCAGCCGAAGGGAAGCGCGUCAAACUGGACUUUCUUGAGAAUUCCAGCCUGACGUCGUCGCCAUCCGACUUCCUUGACGCCCUGCAGGCCACCAAGUCGCUGCAGCUGCUGUCUGCAGGGGUGUUUGUGAACAAUCACAACGGUUGCAGCAACAAUGAGAACAGCAAUCGAGCUGCGCUGUCUCCCGAGCUUAUGUCAUCGUCGAGCUCGAUGAGCUCCUCGCCCUGUGAGUCUGCCGUGACGGACGUGGAUGGUUGCGGCUGCUUCCAGGACGACGGCAGCGAGUUUGAAUGCGGCGACUAUCUCUAUAGAUGGGACGGCAAGCAAGAGUUGAAUGUAGUGAGACUGUCGUCGCUUCCGCGGACUACACCUUCUGCUGGUGAGAGAGAUAUCGGCGGCCUGCUCAAGUUUGCCGAUGUUGCCGAAGAGGAGAUGAGUCGCGCGCUAGGAAAGGGAGUUAUGAAUACUCCUGCGCUGAGCGAUGGAAGCGCGUCGCCUGCAGAUGUUAUGAUUAGGUCGUUGUCGGAGUCAGAGCCCGGCCGGGGAAGUAUCCAGAACGGACUGAACAUGUUUGGUCCGCACCCGGACGAGAGAAAGAAGUUGAUGAUGAUGACGAAUGGUGUUAAUGUUUCUGGCAAUGCUGCGAACGCAGAAGGGUACCAGGUCGUGGAGACUGACAAGGAGACCGAGGUGAGAAAGGUGAUGGGCAUCAGCGGCCUGCUUUCCUGAGUGAGAUAUCUCUACUCUUCUCUCUCUCUUUUUUCUUUCCUUUUUUUUUUUCUUUUUCAACGAUAUAUUCUGGGAUUGUUUUUCUUUUCGGUUCAUUUUCUUUUGAUUAUAAUAAUGGGCUAAGGCGCACUAGGACUUUGGGGGGUUUCAUUACGGACAUGAGAAUGGAGUACGCAUGGGAACGGCAUACAUCUUGUGACUGCCUAGGUAGUUCUGCCAUAUUUCUUUUUUAUUCUUUAUUCUCUCUUUUCUUUAACUACUUUUGUUAAUCCUUGUUGCUUAUAACUGAUGAUAAUGAAUGGGUCUGUUUUUUAUUCUACAUAUUUCUAAUAUUGGUUGGUGCAUUGUUUACUUAUAUAGCGGUGGACAUCGGCGCUGCGAUCCUCUUUUGUUUCUUAGUUUACUGUUUAAUGUUAAUGUACCGCGUUGUCGUAUCAGUGACUAUGAA